AUGUCGAAGCCGCCUUCCAGAGUUGUCUUCGUGGGCAAUAUCCCCUAUGGCCUUUCCGAGGAGCAGAUCAGCGACAUCUUCAGCAGCGCCGGCAAGGUCCUCAACUUCCGCCUAGUCUACGACCGCGAGACCGGACGGCCCAAGGGUUUCGGCUUUGCAGAAUAUCCAGACAAUGACUCCGCAGCGUCGGCUGUCCGCAACCUGAACGACUAUGAGAUUAUGGGAAGGAAACUUAGGGUCGACUUUUCCAACGAGGGCGGCAGUGACGACAACAAUGAUAGCCACGGACACGUACGUAUAGAGGGCCGAGAUGGCGGCAACCCCUCCCACGCCUCGAACGGAUACAACCCUGUCGCGCCGCCGAUGCAAUCGAGUACGCUGCCUCCUCUCCCAGCCGGCAAGGAGCUCCCCCCGAACGUCACAGCAACCGACGCCAUCUCACGGACUCUCAACACCCUUCCCCCCUCUCAACUCCUCGAUAUCCUCACACAGAUGAAGGCGCUGGCCUCUACCGACCCCGCCAGGGCGACGGAACUUCUCCAGCAGGCACCGCAACUGGCAUACGCCGUCUUCCAGGCUCUCCUGCUCAUGGGUCUGGUGUCUCCCGAGGCGAUCCACUCCGUCAUCGAGCCUGGCGGCGCGCCCCCGGCGCCCCCACCGCAGGCCGCGCCGAUCGGUUACCCGCCACAGCCCACCCCCGGCUUCCCGCCGGUCCCCGUGAUGGGAGCUAACAACACCCCGCCUGUCGCCGGCACGCCGUACGCGCCUCCCCCGCAGCAAGCUCCCUAUGGCGUACCCCCGCCAGUUGCUGCACCUCUGGGUCAAGACCCCGACGCUCUCAUGCGGCAGGUUAUGGAACUGCCGAUGGAGACGAUCAACAUGCUCCCCGAGGCAGAGAGACAACAGAUCCUGGCGCUCCGCGCAAGCUUUGGUGGACAAAGGCGAUGA